CAAAUCCGGUCCUUUCCACUAUCCAUGACCCUUAUUCUAUUUCCUUCUUUCUCCCUCGCAGCUCCCACAUCAAAACCUCCCUCCUAAUCUCAAAUCCGGCCAGCUUCACCGCCACCGCGUUCUCUUGGUCUCACGAUCAAAUCGAAGAACCAUGAGUUACCUAUUGACGACAUUGACAAAGAAGCAAGAGGUGGAUUCGAUCAUCAGAUCCACCAUCGACAAGGUCCUCGUCCUCCGCUUCGGCCGCGCUUCCGAUUCCGUCUCUCUUCUUCUCGACGACGUUCUCGCCAAAUCGGCCGGCGACGUCUCCAAGUUCGCAACCGUGGCACUCGUCGAUGUCGAUUCCGACGACAUUCAGGUCUACCUCCAUUACUUCGACAUCACUUUGUUUCCCUCCACCAUUUUCUUCUUCAACGCCCAUCAUAUGAAGAUGGAUUCCGGAACUGCUGAUCACACCAAAUGGAUCGGCGCGUUUCGGACGAAGCAGGACUUCAUUGAUGUCGUGGAGGCGAUUUUCAGAGGAGCGAUGAAAGGGAAGCUAAUUGUGAACUGCCCCUUGCCGCCGGAACGAAUUCCGAGAUACCAGUUGUACUAUAAGGAUGUGUAGACGUUGAAAAUGUGAUGAAGUUGUGAGAUUGUAUUUUUUGUUAAUAUGAGAAAUUAAACGCCUUGUCUUUGUUUCUAUCUGCUUUUGUGGAUUGGGAUUUGGAAGCAGAGCCUCCUAUUAUUUCAUAGAGAAAGGUAUGCUUUACUCUGUUUGCCUAAGGCAUGUCAA